UAUCGACAUUCAUAUAUUAUUGUUAUUUGUAACUGCGUCGCAAGAGACUAGAGUAAUAUGUAUGUUAUUCCUAAUAAUUAUCGUUAAUAAUUAAUAAGCUAAACUAAACCGUGUAUUUAAGUUGCAUUUUUGGUAUGGUUGAGAUGAAUAUUGAUGAAUAGAAAUUACCUUGAAAAUACCGGCAAAAACUAUAUUCACUCUUUUUACCCUUUUAGUAAAGUAAAUAAAAUUUAUAAUUAAUCUCGCAAAUGCCAGUAGUCGUUUCAAAAUCCAAUUGAUUCUCUGGACUUCUAUACUUAGUUUGCUAUUUUUUAUGACAAAAAUUUAAUACUUCAUUGGCCUAUCCGUCAAAUAAAAUGAAAAAAUUUGUUAACUCGCCUUGAUACACAAGGACAACGUAUUCAGAAGUGACUAUAGAAAUAACAAAUUUGCUAUUGUUCCGCAAUUGGGUGCAUUUCUAUGCGCUCCGUAUAUUUUCCGCAUUUAAUAAAAAUCUGUAAUUAAUUUCUUUUUUUGAAUUGUCAAAGCAUUAACUAUAGAAAGAUUUACAUAUUUUCGUUGUAAACUGGCAAAUCGGUCUCCCCAUCUUUUCCUACGAAAAAAAGGGAUUAAAGAACAUUUUAUUAUAAUAUAUAUAAACGAGAAAAAGGUCGUCAAAAUAGACCAACAACAUUAAAAUUAUGUAUAAAUAUUCAACAACAGAUUCCAUAUUUGAUGGCGUCCCCGACAUUAAUUUACUAAAAAAUGAAAGCAAAAAACAAUUGAGAGAAGUUUUAGGCCAAGAAGAACAAACAACUGAUUUGGAUAAUUUAAUGGAUGAUAAUAACACAAUAGCUGCCUCAACAGCGCUUAAAUACGAAAUACAAAGGCGUCUACAUAUACAAAAUAAAAAUAUUGGAGCAGCUGAAGAUGAGACGCCAACGAAUUAUUCUUAUGCCGAUACUGAAGAUGAGGAAACUGCGGUUUUAAAUGUUGACGGUUUGGUAGGUAAACUCAAGUCACGAAGACUUAAAGAAAUGGAAGCAAAGCUGACAACGGAUCAAUUGGCCGAAGAAAGAAGAAUUGAACGUGAACAAUUGGCCGCUAUUUUCGAAUUAUUAAAAAAGCAAGAGGCCGAAUUAAAUAUGAAGGAAAUCGAUGAACAUGAACUAAAUGCUCAAUUAAGCUUAUAUCGUUAAUUAUGUUGAAAAAUUGAUAAUUUUAUCUAGUCCUAAUAUUGAAAGGGCUUUAGUCAAAUUAUGUAGUGUGUGCUAAUUUUUGAAGACAUGAAAAUUUGGAAAUCGGCUGUAGUUGACUAGUUAGUAAAUUCACAACCAAAGAUCAAAAAAAAAAAAAAAAAACUAAAUAUAUGCUUACAUACAAUUUACUAAUUUUUUUGAAAAAUUAAAAUGAACAAUGAAACAAACCGUUGCGACCGCGAAAAUCGUUUCUUUUAAAUCUUAAAAUUUAAUAUAGUGUACCGCAUGGAUUGGAAACUCAUUUAUGUCGAAAAGCUUUCCGUUAUUACGAAGGAAAGAACCCGAAAAUGACU